AUGGAAAAACCCAAAAUCCCUCCUAAAAUUCGCUCCAUCCUCUCGCCAGCUUUGGCGCCGCCGCUGCCGUCGCCGAUUCCCACCGCCAGAGGCUCCCGCUCCGCCGCAGAUCCAAUUCUGUCCGGCCACAUCAACGCGUCCGUACAGAUACCGGAACUAAAGCUUCCCCAGCAGGCUCACCGGCUCCGGCCGGAGGAGAUCGAUUUCCGACGGCUAGCGUCUGGGGAAAGCGAUUCCGUGCGGCGGUUGCUGGGAUCGAUCGUGGAAUUCGGAGUGGUGAUAAUUAGGGAUCACGGGAUAUCAACGGCGGAGGAGCUGAGAUUUGCGCUGGAUAACGGCGAGAGAGUGUUCGGGCUAGCGGCCAUUUGCUGCAGCAGUUAUGGAGACCACGAAAGGAUUGUAUGGCGCGGGGAUGACCGCCGGAUUGUGGAAGAGGCCACGGCGGCAAUUGGUGGCCGGGAUUUUCAAAUGUUAUGCCAGAAUUUGAAGAAUGUGUCAGGACAACUUGAAGAGGUUGCACAAAAAGUGGCUAUGGCUAUUGCUUCUAAUGAUAGAACACAAAUUCAAGAGCAUAUUCAUUUGGGAGAGUCAACUUUGAGCAUUUAUAGGUACCACCGUGCUCAUAUCAUAAAUCGUAUUUCAUCUGACAAGUCGAGCCGAGAUCAAUCAGCUCCAUAUGCUUUGAGCCUCCAUCUCUUCCUAGAACCGACCGAACUUUCUAUUGGGACGGGCUGGGAAAAUUUGUCUUUCCAAACGGGCCCUGAUACCAUUGUCGUGGCAACAGGCAAGGAGCUGGAGGAAAAGAGUGUUGGUGAAUUCAUAUCAGCCCAAGAAAGAUUAAUGCACAGGCCCUUUCUACAUACAAACAGGCCAUCGUUUUCAAUCGAGCAGAAGUGGUCCAAUUCGAGGUUUGGCGGUGAGUCUAACAAGACUAUUUCCAUGGCGGAUCAGAUUUUGACUUUACUCAUUGUUGCAAUUUUGUACAGAUCAUUUUCUUACAUGUUUGCCUGA